AAACACUUCGUUUCUGAGCUCCAUCUGCUGUGUUUGGGCACUGUAGAGCGGUGGCUAGUGGCUACUCGAAACUUGGGAGGACAAACCCACAGAGAGAUAGAGAGAGAGAGGCAGAGAGCGGAGAUGGCGAACGAGAGGAGUGAUGGCAAGGAGAGCAAGAACGGCGCGAAGAAGGAAGCUGAAGGCCAAAGUAAGGUUGGUAAAAGUAAAGGUAAAGGUUUGGAGAUUGACAUGAAGAAGCAGAUUCAGAGGAAGCCCAAGGAAGAGGCGGAGAAGAAGAAAAAGGAGCAAGUGGUGGUUGAGAAGAAGAAGAUGACUAAAAGGAAGAUGGGCGACGAAUCCUUGGAAAUGGAGAAGAAGAAGAGGAGGAGUACGGUAGGAGCCACUGAAAACUCGGAGAAGAAGGAAAGGAAGGUGAAGAAAGGGGACAUGGGGGAGGACACGGCGAAGAAGGAGAAAAGUAGGAAGAAAAUUGAGAACGUUUCCUCCAUCGCUGACGAUGAAGAAGAGGCCGGUAACGUCUCCUGCAGCUUCCCGAUGAGCCGGGUGCGGCGCCUCAUGCGCCUCGAGGGAGGCAAUGCCAAUGUCACCAUCACCGGGAUCGCUUCCAACGCCGUAUUCCUCGUCAACAAGGCUUCUGAGAUGUUUCUGGAGAAGUUUGUUGAGGAUUCUUAUUCAAGAGGGACGAAGAGGCAAAAGAAAUCUCUCAACUAUAAUGAUCUAUCAUCGACUGUUCAUGGUCGAAAGGGAUACGAGUUCUUGUCAGAUUUUGUCCCAGAGAAGAUGAGAGCUGAGGAUGCUCUGAAGGCAAUGGCAUCAGUUGAAACAUGAUGUUGGCAGAGGUUCAGAAACAUGGGAAAAGGGAAGAAUUUCCAUCAUGGUGACUGAUAGUUUAGGAAUGAUUUAUUGGUUCCGUAUUUAAGUUCUUUCUGUGACCGCUGUCGGUCUGUCGGUCGCCUUCAUUGCUAUUUGUACGAGUAUUAUUUAGAAGAAAAAGGGAUAUGAUUUGUGCGGCAAGAGAAAUUCAUGUUUCCGCCAAUUUGGCCUUUCGUGGAAGGGCAAACAUCUCACUCUGCUCUAUGAAGGUGAUUUUGCAAGAAAAUGAUGCUCGAAGAAUGCUUCGGAUCUCCUAAAUCGGUCAUUCUUGUAGAAGAUGAUGAAAUAAUAGUCUUUUGAAAGAUGGAUGACGAUAUCAUUUUCUAA